CCAUCCCAAACACUGCAAAUCGGAGAGAUAGAAGCUAUAUAUACAUAUACAUAUAUAUACAUAAUCUCGCCGGAAAAUUUAUAACUAUACUAUUUUACGUAUCAAACUUCGUAAAAACGAUAGAGGAGGGUCGUGAGAGGUCUAGGAAUACUUCCCAAUAAAUUCCAUACCGAUUCGUAGUCACCGGAGCAUCCUAGAGCUCGCCGGAGUUACAAGUCGUGGAAGCGGGUCUUCAGCGGAAGCGGAUAUUUUGCCGUCGAUAGGGGUGACGGAGCUUCGUCUUGCCGCCAGGAUCAAUUUGCAACUUGAAUCGUCGAAAUCCGUUACCUAAGGUGAAUUCAAGUGAAGGCCAAGCUAGAGAUUUUAUUAAGGGGAUUAUCGUAAUUUAAGGCUUUUAGGAAUGUCGAAUUUAUCAUUGAGAAGUAUCUUGGAUACAUGCAAGCUUACUGGACCAAACUUUCUGGACUGGGAAAGAAAUGUGCGUUUAGUUCUUAGACAAGAAAAUAUUGAGUAUGUGUUAGACACACCAGUACCCAAGAUUCCUGAUGCCAACUCUCCUGAGUUUGCCACAUUUGACCUGACUGUUCGAGAGAAACACGUCACUGAUGUCAAAACUGUGCAAUGUGUUAUGUUGGCUGCAAUGUCUAUGGAGUUGCAAACGCAACACGAUAGGAUGAGCGCUUUCGAGAUGUUUGAACACUUGAAAAGUCUGUUUGAUUCAGAAAGUCAGACUCUAGAGUAUGAACUUCUGACAGACAUUUUCAAGUGUAGGCUUCAAGAGGGUGGAAACGUAUCUGAGCACGUCCUCAAAAUGAUUGGCUUAAUUGAAAGAGUUGCUACCACCGGAAUUAAGUUUGAGGAUCGUGUCUCAGCUGCUAUCAUCCUAUAUUCGCUUCCGAGUUCAUUCACUAACUUCAUUGUGAAUUAUAAUUUGAACAAAACGAAAGCGACCAUGCCUGAACUCCAUAACAUGCUCAAGUCUUAUGAAGCCUCAACCUCUAAAGGAAAGAUUGUUCUUAUGGUAAGCUCUAAUGCUAAGUCUCGUUCUAAGAACAAGAAUAAGCAAAAGAAGAAAGGUUAGGGGUGACCUACUCCUACAGCUCUGAAGCCUAAAGGUGGAGGUCAUAUGAAGCCAAAGGUUGUAAAGGAUGUUUGCCUCUACUGCAAAGAGAAGGGGCAUUGGAAGAGAGAUUGUGAGCUGUAUAAGGCUAAUCUAGCCAAAGCACCGGGUGCUUCAAGCUCAGAAGCCUGAGAAGCAGUGUAGCAGUUGGACUGGGUAAAAUUGACCUACGCGUGAAGGCUGGAGCAAAAGUUGCUGCUGAACGUGAUAAGAUCUUAUAGUUAAGAUUUGCCCAGUGGUUUUAGAUUAGAAUUAAAUAAUUGUUAUUUUAUUCCUUCUAUUACCAAG